AAGAACUGGGCGAGCGAGGGGGACCGGGAGUUGGGGCGCCAGAGCUAGAGACAGCGGGCGGGCGAGGAGCUGGCAGAGGCGCGGGGCAAGCGGGCCGGCCGGGGCGACGGGCGGGCGAAGCCCGGGGGCCGCGGGGCUCGGGUGCGAGUUGGGCAGUGUGAGGGACUGAGUACUGGGAGCGGGGCGAGGCGGCGGCUGAGGCGGGGGUGGAUGGCCACAGGGGCGCCGGGGAGCAGCGUCGGGCUUGUGGUCUCGGGCCCCCAUGGUCCCGUAACGCAGCCCCAGGGGCCGCAGCGCGCCACCCUCCGCUCUCGCCGGCCCUGCGCCUCUCGGAGCCUCGGGUCUGAGGUGGGAGUGUGAUGUGAGCCGCUGGACUAGCGGCGAAGCGAAGUGCCAAGAGGAGGCGGGAUUGGGACCGGAGGGGAGAGAGAGUUAGUCAGCAGAGGUCGGCCGAGGGAGCCAUGAAAACAACUCUCCGGCGGAGAGCGGGGCAGGCGCGGUGCUCCGUGCCGCGGGGGUGAAGGAAAUCCGGGGCCGCGGCGGGACGGAAGCGGCCCGCAGCGCGCACGCUGCGCAGAGCCGGGGCGAGCGCCCAGCUGUAAACACCUUUCCGCGGCCGACCUCAGGCCUGGCCACUCGGGGCCAGGGGUUGGUGGAGGGCGGCCCGGGCGCCCCAGGAGUCUGUUUGGGGGCUGGGGGCUGGGCGCGAGGAGAUGACUCGCGUUUCUUUCUGACUCUCGGGUAAACUUGGCCGCGGUCGCCGCAGGAAGGCUAGCCAGAGGGUAAUUACACAGGUGAGGCCCGGCGGGGCGGGCGGAGCUCUAGGCGGGGCGCUCGGGGUCCUGGAGAGUUUCUGCGCUCGGGCACCAGGUCGCAGAAUUCCGAUACCGGCCCCUGCGGAGCUGCCACUGUUUCCAGCAGCCAGUUUUACAAAGGGCAUUUGGAAACGGAGCAGUAGCCACAGAAUCAGCAGCAAGCCUGUUAAAGAACCUACACGUGUGUUUCUCAGCACCCUCAGUGGAAAUUGGAUGUGAAAAUGAAGCCAGACCGAGAUACUCUAGAUGAAUAUUUUGAAUAUGAUGCAGAGGAGUUCUUGGUCUCUUUGGCCUUGUUAAUAACAGAAGGACGAACACCAGAAUGUUCUGUCAAAGGUCGCACAGAAAGUUUCCAUUGCCCUCCAGCACAGUCUUGUUACCCAGUAACUACCAAACAUGAAUGUAGUGACAAGCUGGCCCAGUGUCGCCAAGCCAGACGGACCAGGUCUGAGGUUGCAUUGUUGUGGAAGAAUAACCUUCCAAUCAUGGUGGAAGUGAUGCUACUACCAGACUGCUGCUACAGUGAUGACGGGCCUUCCACAGAAGGAAUUGAUCUAAAUGAUCCUGCAAUUAAACAAGAUGCAUUAUUAUUAGAAAGAUGGAUAUUGGAGCCAGUCCCUCGACAGAGUGGUGAUCGAUUUAUUGAAGAGAAGACUCUUCUACUGGCUGUUCGCUCAUUUGUGUUUUUUUCUCAAUUAAGUGCUUGGCUGAGUGUUUCUCAUGGUGCUAUUCCACGAAAUAUUCUUUACAGAAUCAGUGCUGCUGAUGUAGACCUACAGUGGAAUUUUUCACAGACUCCAAUUGAGCAUGUGUUUCCUGUUCCCAAUGUUUCUCACAAUGUGGCCUUGAAAGUCAGUGUUCAGUCCCUGCCCAGACAAUCUAAUUAUCCAGUUUUGACCUGUAGUAUUCACACUAACAUUGGCCUUUAUGAGAAAAGAAUUCAAGAACAUGAACUUAAAACCCAUCAGUACCGCAAUGCUAAUGAAACAGAGCAAUGUAGUACAAACAGUUCACAGCGCUUGUGUAGCAAACCAACAUGGACCGUGGCACCUGAAAGUGUACUACACAUGAGAAAUGGCACAACUUCGGAAUAUACCACAACUGUCAAAAAUGUCAGACUUUAUCCAGGCACUGGCAAUAAAUCUGACUAUGGAACAUCUCAAGCCAAUAUUCUGGGUAUGAGUGGUUUAGGAGAUAAAAAGUCACAUGAGACAUCAGUGAGAACUUUAAAAUCAUUUUCAAUGAUUGAUUCCAGUGUCUCCAGCCGCCAGAGUUCCUGGCAGUCAGUUGGUGAGAGUAAUCCUUUAAUAGGUUCUUUAAUUCAGGAUCGACAAGAAGUUAUUGCAAGAAUUGCUCAGCAUUUGAUUCAUUGUGAUCCAAGCACUUCUCAUGUUUCUGGACGCCCAUUUAAUACACAGGAGUCUGGUUCACUUAAUUCAAAACUCUUUCGAGAAAAUGAACACAUGAGAAAAUGUAAAGAAACUUUUCCCAUCUCUUUUGGUAGUUCAGAGUUUACCUCCUCAGAAGACACAGGUGAGGGGAAAAUUAGAGUAAAAACAGAAACUUCUCAAGAUGAAACCUGUGUUGCUAAUGGUUUUUACUCUCGUCAGUCUAUUGGUGAGACUAACCCUUUGAUAGGAUCUUUACUUCAGGAGCGGCAAGAUGUAAUUGCAAGGAUUGCUCAACACUUACAGCACAUUGACCCAACAGCAUCCCAUGUGCCCAGGCAGUCAUUCACGCAUGAUUCCAGUUCUGUUUCUCCUAAAGUGUUCAGGAGUUCAUAUGACGACCAAAAUGUGCUGAAGAAAAACAAGCAUGAUGGCCCUGUUUCCAUUUCCAAUACAAAAUUUUCCUUGUUAGAAGACAGCAGAGAAAGGAAAAACUCAACACCUGAUAGAUCAUAUAAUUCCUUUAAGUGCAGCAGUACUGAAAAGUCCUCUUUGAAACCUCAAGUGAAAAGAAAUUUAUAUCAGGAAAAUCCUAGUGAAAUUAUGCAAAGUGCAUUUCAAGAGACAAAGAACAAAGACAAUAGUUUAUUGACUUCCUCAAAUACGUCUCACCGUACAGAAAGUAACUUAAAUUUGACAGUCAGACUGGCAAAUACACUUUCUGAGUGUCAAUUUAAAGAGCAAGAGAUAAGCAAUGAAGUUGAUAAGCAGUGUUCAAAUUGCAGCAGUAUUGACAAACAGAUUUGUAUAUAUAAGUACAAGGAAAAAAUAAUAAAAAAUGAAAACUUUAAUCCAGAAUCUUUUAAUAAUCACCGACCUGAUAAUUCAAAAGAAAAUGAUUCCAAAAUAAAAGUAACUAUGUUGGAAAUGUCUGGACAUUUGGACAAACCUGAAAACAAGUGCUCAAAUAAAGACUCAAAAAGGCCUAAAGCAUGUGAGCAAAAUACUGAGCUUAAUCACAUACAAAAUCAUUUUAAUAAAAAUAAUGAAGUUCUCAAAUGCAAAAAGCCAGAAAAAUUAAAAAUUGAACAAGAUAAGAAGGAAGAGCCAGCUGCUGAAAAAUCUCAAACGUGCCCUCAGAGAAAAAAUAUGAAAGACUGUAUGUCUACAAGUGAACAGCUGAAAAACACAGAGGCAUUGAGGACUGUACCACUGAAACAUUCAAAUGUCUGGCGGAAACAUAAUUUUCACUCCUUGGAUGGAACCUCAACGAGAGCCUUUCAUCCUCAAACUGGAUUGCCUCUUCUUUCAAGUCCUGUUCCUCAGAGAAAGACACCAUCAGGUUGCUUUGAUCUGGAUUCUUCGUUACUGCAUCUGAAAAGUUUAUCAUCUAGAAGUUCUCGACCAUGUUUAAAUGUUGAAGAUGACCCGGAUAUUCAUGAAAAACCAUUUCUGAGUUCCAGUGCUCCACCUAUUACAAGUCUUAGUCUCCUAGGAAAUUUUGAGGAAUCUGUCUUGAACUAUCGUUUUGAUCCUCUUGGCAUUGUUGAUGGUUUUACUGCCGAGGUAGGGGCAAGUGGUGUUUUCUGCCCCACACAUUUGACUCUUCCAGUUGAAGUGUCAUUCUACAGUGUUUCAGAUGAUAAUGCUCCCUCUCCUUAUAUGGGUGUGAUCACUUUAGAGUCCCUUGGUAAAAGGGGUUAUCGAGUACCUCCUUCAGGAACAAUACAAGUGACCUUAUUUAAUCCUAAUAAGACUGUGGUGAAGAUGUUUGUUGUGAUAUAUGACUUGCGAGAGAUGCCAGCCAAUCAUCAGACAUUCCUACGGCAGAGAACUUUUUCUGUACCUGUCAAACAAGAAAUGAAGAGAAGGGUUAAUAAAGAGAACACCCGACAUACAGAAGAACGGUUAUUACGCUACCUCAUACAUCUGAGGUUCCAGAGUUCUAAAUCUGGAAAGAUCUACCUCCAUAGAGAUGUACGGCUCCUGUUCUCCAGAAAGUCAAUGGAAGUUGAUAGCGGUGCUGCAUACGAACUCAAAUCUUACACUGAAUCGCCAACAAACCCUCAGUUUUCACCAAGAUGUUGAUAAGGAGUGGCAAUUUAAAUCUGAAAGUAAAAAUUGCUAUAGAAACAGAAUUAACACCCAGGAGAGUGGAUCCUCUCCUGUUAUCCUGGACCAGUUUUCAUUAAAGGAUUCCUGGAAUGAGAUCCACAAAUUUCAAGUAGACUGGAAAUAUUCAUGUCCUAAUCCUUUUUGUAUUGUUGAAACCACUUCAUUGGACAUAUUAUUGCAAUAGCAACACCCUCCCCAAGUUAGACUAGUGUUUACACAUUUUAUUUCUCAGUUAUUUAAUAUUUAAUGUUUUACUUAAUACUCAAGUGAUGUUUGUCUAUAGUGUUCUAAUGUAGCACAAAUCCUCUGUAAAAUCAUACUAUGUAUUUUUGACAUUAAUGUUGAAAUCUGAAAUAUACGCACAAGUCUUUGAUUUUGUGUGAUGUGUUUUAAGUACUAUUCAUUUAAGUUAUUGAAAAUGAGAAUGAAAUGUUGAGCUUCUUUAAGAUUAACGCACUAUGCAAGCAUGUGUACUUUUUAUAUCAUUGAAGUUUAGUUUCAACAGUGCCCCACCCAGGCUGCUCUCAGAGUCAUCUUCUAACAUGCUAUAAUGACAGUGCAGCGCUGACUAAGCUGCCUCACAUUCCCUUUGCAAACUCUGAUCAUCAUGCCCAUUCAUUCAUAUUCCUCCUAGAAUACCACCUCCCAGAACAGUUCUAUUUUUCCUUAGUCACUAUUACAGAGGCUUUACAUUAAACUGCUGUCCCAUAUUAGAUAAUUUUUGCAAAUUGUUAAAAGGAUAUGUACUUUGAAAACAAAUUAUUAUUUAUAUUGUAAAUAUAU